GGACUUGGCCGGACCUCAGUCAAUUGACAUCGCUGGGAUAAUCAAUCAUGGUGUCUCUUGUGCAGCGUGUGAAGAGGGCAAUCAAACUCCCUAUUGAGGAGGCAGAUGCGGAGAGAUCGCGGUGGAUCAAUGAAGAUCUCCUUCCUACGCCGCCAGAGCAACAAACCUGGCGCUGGUGGAAUUAUGUCACUUUUUACUGGUCUAUCUCCUUCACCAACUGGACCCUGGGAUCAUCAAUGAUCGGUGUCGGUUUGAACUGGUGGCAGGCAAUCGUAGUCAUCUUCGUUUCUCAGUUCAUCUCCUCCAUUGCCAUGGCUUUCAAUUCACGCGCAGCGAGCGUCUACCACAUCGGGUUUCCCUGCGUUGGCCGAAGUGUCUUUGGUAUGUGGGGAAGUUAUUACUUUGUGGGUGCUCGAGCGAUUUUGGCUGUCAUAUGGUAUGCAGUUCAAAUGUACUCCGGCGCCGAGUACAUGUAUAAUAUCCUUCGUGCCAUUUUCGGACAUAAUUUCACUGAUAUCCCCAAUCACCUGCCUGCAAGCGCUAGUAUCACUACUCCGCUAAUGCUGGCCUUCUUCCUCGCCUGGCUGGUCCAUCUACCAUUUUGCUAUUUCCGACCUUAUCAAUUGCGCAAGUUCUUUUGGUUCAAAACUAUUGUUUCGCUGCCGGCAAUGUUUGGCUUGUUUAUUUGGGCUAUGGCAAAUACCAAGGGUCGUCUGAGCGGGGGACUCUAUUCAGCUACUUCGACAAGUUCCAGUACAGUGGCUUGGAUGAUUCUGGCUGGAAUCAACAGUGGCAUGGGAAACACCGCGACAUUGAUUACCAACCAACCAGACUAUGCAAGAUGGUCCCGUAGUAGGGAGGCUCCCAUCUGGACCCAGUUAAUAUCCAAUCCAAUUGCGGUCACAUUAUCUGCUAGUCUUGGUAUUCUGUCAACAGCUGCCGUGAAUCUCAAAUUCGGCACGGAAGUUUGGAAUCAAUGGGAUAUGAUGAACCUCAUUCUGGAUAACUAUUGGUCAUCUAGCGUCAGAUUCGCCGUUUUCCUCUGUGCAUUUUGCUGGCUGGUCCAAAUUGUUGGGGUCAACAUCGCAGCCAACAUGAUUGCCUUUGGUGCUGACUCGUCCAUGUUAUUUCCUUCAUAUGUCAAUAUGCGCCGAGGGCAGUUUAUUAUCGAGAUACUUGCCUGGGCAGUUUGUCCGUGGAAGAUCCUUGCAUCAGCAGCAAAGUUCACGACUUUCCUUAGCGGAUAUGGCUUAUUCAUGGCUAGUGUCGUUGCAAUUAUGGUGUGUGACUACUUCUGCCUCACCAAAGGCAACGUGUUCAUACCUUCCCUUUACAAUGGGACUCGGGAGAACAAAAAUUACUAUUAUACCAAAGGCAUCAACAUACAAGCCGUGAUAGCUUACCUGAUCGGAAUUGCACUUCCUUUUCCUGGCUUCUGCGGCGAACUAGGAGCCAACGUUUCUACAGCAGCAAUGCAUAUCGUCGAUCUCGGCUGGAUUCUAUCCUUUGUCACGGCUUUUGUGGCCUAUUAUAUCAUUUGCCAGAUUUGGCCUACUUCCAAUAUGCGCUACGUGAAAGAGCAUGGUUAUGGAUUUGAGCAGACUGCAUCAGAUACGUUAAUAGACUCCCAAGAGUGGGGCGUACCGAGCGACACCAUCGUGCGAGACGAUAUAUAUAUAGAUAAGCAUAUGUCAUAGUCCUUUCGACUUAUUCAUGAGAACAUGUCUGGUA